AACGCGCCCGUCGCCUGGAACGCGUCUAUACGUUGACUUUGUAUGGAAGUUGCGCCGCCCCUUCGCUUUUGGUGUGAACGCGCCAUUACUUUAGUUUCACUAUUCACAUAAACGAUGUGACGCAGUUAGCUGUGAUUCAAAGCUCUUCCUCUUUCUGAUCUGUCUGCCAUAAGGACCCAAGCAGCUCAAUCUUUACUUUCAGAACCUUUGUUAAUGUUCUGUCUCGCUUCUAAACACUUCUCUGUUAUUUGGUGAACACCUAAAUCUCUUUAUUCUCUCCUUUCCUUGCAUUUGUUAUUCUAUAUUUCCAUUCAACACGGGCAGCACACGUUUCGUCACGGAAAAGAUAAGGUCUCCAGUCUACUAUGGAUGAGGAGAGAGAGGAGGGGGCUCCUACCUCUAAAACCACCCUGUCUGGGGAACAUGGCCGCCAGAACAAAGCUAAGAGCCCAGAGCAGCGGGAGAGAGCAGACUCCCCUGGACCCAGCUGUGUCUCCUUGAAGAGUGACCGGUCUAUGGAUUAUCCUUCUAACUUUAGAGAUGGAAAUCAGUCUAUUGAGAAGAGAUUCCAGCAGGAGAGAGCAGACUCCCCUGGACCCAGCUGUGUCUCCUUGAAGAGCGACCGCUCUAUGGGUCAUCCUCCUAGACUUAAAGAUGGACGCUCCUCCAGAGAGGAAGGAGUCCAGAAGGAGAGAGCGGACUCCCCUGGACCCAGCUGUGUCUCCUUGAAGAGCAACUGGUCUAUGGAUUAUCCUCCUGACCUUAAAGAUGGACGCCCCUCCAGAGAGGAGAGGCGACCACAGGAGAGGUCAAAGGUUACCAGUGCUCAGUCUGUACAGCAGCAUCAAGCAGAGCUGAUCAAGAAGGAGAGAGCGGACUCCCCUGGACCCAGCUGUGUCUCCUUGAAGAGCGACUGCUCUAUGGGUCAUCCUCCUGACCUUAAAGAUAGACGCUCCUCCAGAGAGGAAGGAGUCCAGAAGGAGAGAGCAGACUCCCCUGGACCCAGCUGUGUCUCCUUGAAGAGCGACCGCUCUAUGGGUCAUCCUCCUGACCUUAAAGAUAGACGCUCCUCCAGAGAGGAAGGAGUCCAGAAGGAGAGAGCGGACUCCCCUGGACCCAGCUGUGUCUCCUUGAAGAGCGACUGCUCUAUGGGUCAUCCUCCUGACCUUAAAGAUAGACGCUCCUCCAGAGAGGAAGGAAGAGUCCAGAAGGAGAGAGCGGACUCCCCUGGACCCAGCUGUGUCUCCUUGAAGAGCAACUGGUCUAUGGAUCAUCCUCCUAGACUUAAAGAUGGACGCCCCUCCAGAGAGGAGAGGCGACCACAGGAGAGGUCAAAGGUUACCAGUGCUCAGUCUGUACAGCAGCAUCAAGCAGAGCUGAUCAAGAGGGCUGAGGAGAACGCACACGCUUUUCUAGACAAGGAGCUGAAGAAGCUCUGGAGGGAUCUCUUCUCAGAUUACCCACAAUGCUCGGAGAGUCAGAGGGAGAAGGAGGAGGAGGAUGAUAAGAACGAGGAGCAGAGGAGGCGCGCCAUAGAGGGAGUGGUAGACAUCACAAAGCUCUGCCUGAUGGAGAUGAACCAGGAGGAACUGGCCGACAAGCUGGGGAGUGGAGCUGUUGCGGUCCAGUGGCAACAUGAACUCAAGGCUCAUCUGAAGAAGAAGUUCCACUGUGUGUUUGAGGGAAUCGCUAGAGCAGGAGAGCAGAGACCUCUGAAUGAGAUCUACACAGAGCUCUUCAUCACAGAGAGAGGCAGUGGAGAGGUCAACAUGGAACAUGAGGUCAGACUGAUUGAAAAGGCAUCCAGGAAGCAAGCCAACGAGGAAACACCAAUCAGAUGUGAAGACAUCUUUAAACCUCUACCUGGACAAGAUAAACCAAUCAGAACAAUAAUGACAACCGGAGUGGCCGGCAUUGGUAAAACUCUCUUAACACACAAGUUCACUCUGGACUGGGCCGAAGGCAAAGCCAACCACGACAUAGACUUCACAUUUCUCCUCACUUUCAGAGAACUGAAUUUAUUGAAAGGGAAAGAGUUUAGCUUACUGGAACUUCUUCAUCAGUUUUCUGUUGAAACCGAAGAAUCAGGAAUCUACAGAUACGACCAUGACCAAGUAGUCUUCAUCUUGGAUGGUCUGGAUGAGUGUCGACUUCCUCUGGACUUCCAGAAUAACCCGAUCUGGACUGAUGUCACCGAACCGACCUCAGUGGACGUGCUGCUGACAAACAUCAUCAGGGGAGUCCUGCUUCCCUCUGCCCGCAUCUGGAUAACCACACGCCCUGCCGCAGCCAAUCAGAUCCCUGCUGAGUGUGUUGACAUGGUGACCGAGGUGAGAGGGUUCACCGACCCACAGAAGGAGGAGUACUUCAGGAAGAGAUUCAGAGAGGGGACAAUGGCCACCACAAUCAUCUCUCACGUCAAGAAAUCUCGAAGCCUCCACAUCAUGUGUCACAUCCCAGUCUUCUGUUGGAUCACUGCUACAGUUCUAGUGGACUUCUUCAAAACAUCCCAGAGAGGAGAAGAGGUGCCCAAGACCGUGACUCAGAUGUACAGCCACUUCCUGAGGGUUCAGUCCAUACAGGGGGACAGGAAGUAUCAUGGGCGAGCUGAAACCGAUCCACAAUGGAGUUCGGAGAGCAGGGAGAUCAUUGUUUCUCUGGGGAAACUGGCUUUUAACCAGCUGGAGAAAGGCCAGCUGAUCUUCUACGAGGCAGACUUGGCAGAGUGUGACAUCGAUAUCAGAGCAGCCUCAGUGUACUCAGGAGUGUUCACCCAGAUCUUUAAAGAGGAGUGUGGACUGCACCAGGACAGGAUGUUCUGCUUCAUCCAUCUGAGCAUCCAGGAGUUUCUGGCUGCCCUUUAUGUCUUUCUGUCCUUCAUCAACACUGGUGUCAACCUGCUCUCAGAAGAACAGCCAACCUCCAGGGAUGCUGAACUCCUCCUCCUCUACCAGAGUGCGGUGGACAAGGCCUUACAGAGUGAGAACGGACACCUGGACUUGUUCCUCCGCUUCCUCCUGGGCCUCUCUCUAGAGACCAAUCAGAUGCUCCUACAAGGUCUGCUGGGACCAAGAGGAAGUAAAUUACUGGACAAUCUAACAAAAAACGUUCAAUCGGGGCAGACAGGAAGGAGGUCACAAAUCAAUAACCAAAUAGUCCAUUACAUCAAGGAGAAGAUAGGUGGAGAUCUCUCUCAAGAGAGAAGCAUCAAUCUGUUCCACUGUCUGAAUGAGCUGAAUGACAGUUCUCUAGUGGAGGAGAUCCAACAGUACCUGUCAUCAGGAAGUCUCUCCACUGAAUCUCUCUCCUCUGCUCAGUGGUCAGCUCUGGUCUUCAUCGUACUGACAUCAGAAGAGCAGCUGGACGUGUUUUACCUGAAGAAAUACUCUGCUUCUGAGGAGGGUCUUCUGGGGCUGCUGCCAUUGGUCAAAAUCUCCAAAACAUCUCUGCUGAACAGCUGUAGGCUGUCAAAGAGAUGCUGUAAAGCUCUGGCCUCAGUUCUCAGCUCCAACUCCUCUAGUCUGAGAGAGCUCGACCUGAGUAACAAUGAACUGUUGAAUUCAGGAGUGAAGCUGCUCUCUGCUGGACUGGGGAGUCCACACUGUACACUGGAAACUCUCAGGCUGAAUUCCUGUGUUCUGUCAAAGGGAUGCUGUGCAGCUCUGGCCUCAGCUCUCAGCUCCAACUCCUCUCGUCUGAGAGAGCUCGACCUGAGUUCCAAUGAUCUGCAGGAUUCAGGAGUGAAGCUGCUCUCUGCUGGACUGGGGAGUCCACACUGUACACUGGAAACUCUCAGGCUGAUUGGCUGUCAUCUGUCAGAGCUAUGCUGUGAAGCUCUGGCCUCAGUUCUCAGCUCCAAAUCCUCUAGUCGGAGAGGGCUGGACCUGAGUUACAAUGAUCUGCAGGAUUCAGGAGUGAAGCUGCUCUCUGCUGGACUGGGGAGUCCACACUGUACACUGGAAACUCUCAGGCUGACCGGCUGUCAUCUGUCAGAGAGAUGCUGUGAAGCUCUGGCCUCAGUUCUCAGCUCCAACUCCUCUAGUCUGAAAGAGCUGGACCUGAGUACCAACGAUCUGCAGGAUUCAGGAGUGAAGCUGCUCUCUGCUGGACUGGGGAGUCCACACUGUACACUGGAAACUCUCAGGUUGUCUGGCUGCCUGGUCACACAGGAAGGCUGUGCUUCUCUGGCCUCCGCUCUGAGCUCCAACCCUUCCCAUCUGAGAGAGCUUGACCUGAGCUACAAUCACCCAGGAGACUCAGGAGCUGCGCUGCUCUCUGCUGGACUGGAGGAUCCACAAUGGAGACUGGACACUCUCAGUGUGGAGCACGGUGGAGUGUGGAGGCUGAAACCAGCUCUAGAGAAGUAUGCCUGUGAACUCACACUGGACCCAAACACAGCCCACAGACAACUCUCUCUGUCUGAGGACAGCAGGAAGGUGACGCGGGUUAAAGAGAACCAGUCGUAUCCGGAUCACCCAGAGAGGUUUGACUACUGGGAGCAGGUGUUGUGUAGAGAGGGUCUGCCUGGCCGCUGCUACUGGGAGGUAGAGUGGGGAGGACGGGUUGUUAUAGGAGUGGCAUACAGAGGAAUGACAAGGAGAGGAGGGGGUAAUGACGGCGUGCUUGGAUGGAACAACAAGUCCUGGAGUCUUGAAUUUAAUGACGAUGCUGCUGCUGCUGUCUACACUGCCCUUCACAACGGUAGUAGAACAUCCACACGUCUCCCCCCCCCUCUCUCUAACAGAGUAGGAGUGUAUCUGGACCGGCCCGCUGGCUCUCUGUCCUUCUACAGAGUGUCCCCAGGUGGAGGGGGGUCCUCAGACACACUGACACACAUCCACACCUUCCAGGCCUCCUUCACCCAGGAGGUCCUCCUCCCUGGGUUUAGGUUAGAUAAGAGUGGUUCCUCAGCGUCUCUGUGAGUGUCCAUUGUAGAUACACAAACACACACACAGACCCAUGGAAAAGCACACACAUGUAGACAGUCAUAAACACACCCAAACCAACAAACACAUAUGUACAUAGAAAUUAACACACACGCACACACAAACAAACACAUCGUUCAUGACUAUAAACACACACAAGCACACACAAACAAACACAUCGCACUCUAUAAAUACACACACACGUACACAGGCUUAUUUACACACACACACACACACACACACACACACACACACACACACACACACACACACACACACACACACACACACACACACACACACACACACACACACACACACACACACACACACACACACACACACACACACACACACACACACACACACACACGCGCGCACACACAAACAAACAAACACAUCGUUCAUGACUCUAUAAACAAACACACACACAAGCACACACAAACAAACACAUCGCACUCUAUAAACACACACACACACACUUACACAGACUUAUUUACACACACACACACACACACACACACACACACACACACACACACACACACACACACACACACACACACACACGUACACAGAAUUAUUUACACAGACAUGCACUCACACACACACAUCCUUCAUGGAUCUAAACCCACAUCAGGUCUGUGUGCCGGUGGUAAGCAGCAGGUAACAUCAGUGUCUCUCGUGGUUCAUCUCUCAGCCCUCUCUGUGUUCAGCUGGGCUGCUGAGCGUCAGAUUAGAGGGGGCCGCUUGGGUCUGGGGGGUCCUCACAGUCCUGACGUUGUUGAGGACCAGCUGUUAGGGGGACGUUUGAAUACCUGUGGACCCAUGGACGUACCUGUAGUGCAUCGGGUUGUUGAGCAGCAGCUGUUGGUGCUCUGAGGGGUCAACCCGUUCAGUGGAAGUACAACACUUUGUGAUUGAUUUAAAUACUCCACUGAACUCCAAAUGCUGCAUUUUAUUGGGCUUCUGAAAGGUUCAGCAUAAACCAUGAAAGGAAGAUCUUCCUUUGGGUUAAGGAGUUUGUACAAAGAUUUACUUUCUAAUGUAAAAUAUGUUUUAAAUGUUUAUUGAGUGUUAUUUUACUACAUUAUUUUAUAUAUUUUCAACAUCGUUUUAAAGGAAUCCAAAAUCAGUUUAUAUUUUGCCAUGCCUGACAUGGAACGUGAUUUAAAGCAGAUUUAACAACAUAAUCAUGAAUGAUGAUAAGAGUUCUAUGGGAAAGGGUAACAAUGUUGUAAAUUACUUUCAACGGAUGAUCGUUUCUUUGUGUUCUUUUGGGAACAAGUCAACAUGUUCAGUCAUUAAAGAUGCCUUAUGAUUUGUAAUUGUUCAUAAAUCAUAAUGUUAAUAAACUACUCAGUGCGUCAAAUGAA